AUAUACACGCUUCACUCAAGAGAAUAUAUAGUCUCUUGCAUAAAGCCAUAUUCAAUCGUCAACCCGCCUCUCAAGCAAGCAAAAAGCCAUGUCUAUCAAGUUAUACCAGCGACUUCUUUACAGAACCAGGAAUUUCUCCCUCUACCAUCACAACCGAGUCACCCCCGAUUCAUCCAGACUUGUUCACAACAAAACCGUGCAUCAUCUCAGCUACUCUCAUGAAGCCAAAGAGAUGUUCCAAGCUCAAUCCCACCUCUAUAAUCACACCUUCAACUUCAUCUCUUCCAUGUCGCUCAAAUGCGCGCUCCAACUCCGCAUCCCUGACGUCAUUCACGACCACAAGCAACCCAUGACGCUCCUCGAGCUAGCAUCAGCACUCCGAAUCCACCCAUCCAAAUCAACAUGUCUUUACCGCCUCAUGCGUGUUUUGGUUCACUCGGGCAUUUUUGCAGAGACCCUCGUUCUGAAGAAUGGUGAAGAAGAAGAAGAAGAAACAAAGGCUUAUGUCAUUACGCCUUCUUCGUGUUUGCUUCUGAGUGAUAAGGUUGUGGGGGUCUCACCAUUUGUCGCAGCCAUGCUCAAUCCGGCUCUUGUGACUCCUUGGCAUUUUCUUGGAGAUUGGCUCCAAGGAAAUAACGAUAACAAUUGCAGAGACAAAUUAAUUAAUCCUUUUAUGGCUGCACAUGGAGUCGAUCUAUGGGAAUAUGGGAGGAAGAAUCCUGAAUUUGGGAAUACAUUCAACAGAGCUAUGGCCAGUGAUUCUCAGAUGAUGAAUCUGGUUAUUCAGGAUUGUAAAGAGAUCUUUGAAGGGUUGAAUUCUUUGGUGGACGUCGGAGGAGGCACGGGAAUCGUGGCGAGGAUAAUCUCCGAGGCGUGUCCAGGUUUGAAGUGCACGGUGCUCGAUCUCCCGCAGGUGGUUUCAGGCUUGCCGGAUAGUGAGAAUGUAAAGUUCGUUAGCGGUGACAUGUUUGAGUCCAUUCCUUCCACAGAUGCGAUUUUACUCAAGUUGAUGUUACACGCUUGGAGCGACGAAGACUGUGUGAAGGUGCUGAGAAAAUGCAAAGAAGCAAUCGGUGACAAAAACAACGACCGGGGGAAGGUAAUAAUCAUAGAUAUUGUGAUAGAUGAGACUGAGGAGGAUGCUCAAGAAAAUGCAACAAAGCUCUUCUUUGAUAUGUUGAUGAUGACAGUGGUAACAGGAAGAGAGAGGACCGAGAAAGAGUGGGGAAAACUUUUCUUGGAGGCCGGUUUUAGACAACACAAGAUAACUCCUUUGUUUGGUUUGAGGUCCCUCAUAGAAGUUUUUCCCUAGACAAUGCGUGUUUGUUUAAUACGAGGGAUGCGUUAUCACUUGUCUUUUAUCGCGAAUCCACAAGCUGUGUACAACCUGAGAUCGCAUGAACUGUCCAUUUCAAUUGUACUUAU